AGGUAAUUGCCGGCCAAAUAUUGACUCAGGGCGCAGGUUAUCUUCUGCUUUAUAAACCAGCCGCCAAAAAACAUUUGUGUUAUUUCACGUCCAUUCAUCGACAUAAUUCGUUGUUCUUGUUUGUGAUUCCCAAAUAUAUCGAGAUGAAAUCUGUUAUGAUUGUUCUUCUCGCCUUUGUGGCUCUGGCUGCAUCACAAGGCGUGCAUGUAGUCGACAACAAUCCAAGUCAUGUACAUGUAGUUGACAACAAUCCGAGCCAUGUUCAUGUAGUCGACAACAACCCUAGCCACGUUCAUGUAGUCGACAACAACCCUAGCCACGUUCAUGUAGUCGACAACAACCCUAGUCACGUUCAUGUAGUCGACAACAACCCUAGCCACGUUCAUGUAGUCGACAACAACCCUAGCCACGUUCAUGUAGUCGACAACAACCCUAGCCACGUUCAUGUAGUCGACAACAACCCUAGUCACGUUCAAGUUGUGGAAGAAGCCGACAACCAGAAUAGUUUCAACCAGGGUAAUUUUGCUCCCGACCCAGGCUUCGCUAUUCAGCACAACCCAAACAAUGGCUACGAGCAAAUAAGCACUGGGCCAGCCUUCGUUGAUCAAGGAACUUUCCAGAACAGACCUUACCCAUACAUUCACAAUUCUGACCCAGCAUUACGCAGCGGAAAGUAAACAAAACGAAGUCUAAAUAAAAUGAUUCCAAUAAUUCUACAUACAUAUAUUUUUAUAUACAAUAAAUAUAGGAUUCGUUAAAACAUAUUAAUCGCAACUUUUUAUUUUGUUUUACUGUUUAAUCAAAUUAACUUUUAUAUCCAUAAAUAUAAUUAAAUUCUA